CCCUCCUGUCCCAUCUGGGAAUUGAUCCAUCUGAUCAUUUUAUUUCUUGUCACUGUUUGGUUUAAGCAAACAGAGUUCUGUCACGGUCAACAUUUUGGCCUGUUCUUCAGGAAGUGGGCAGUUUUGACUGAUUUCCUGUUUGCUUUCAGUUUUAAGACUGAUGGAUCACGCAGAGAGAGUUUUUCCAGAUUCAGGAAUCAUGACCGAGGGCAAGGGGACAGUAGAUGACUACAGUGACUACUAUAACUUGGCAGGAUCAGAUUCAUCUUACAGUGAUGGCAGCACAAGGGUCUUCGGUGGGGUUGUCCUGGCCGUCCUGCACAGCACAGUUUUCAUCGUUGGUUUGCUGGGAAACGCUGUGGUCCUGUGUGUGCUGAUCAGACACCGUCACAGAUGCAGUCUGACAGACAUGUGUCUCCUCAGUCUGGCCGUGUCUGACCUGCUCUUUCUCGCCUCGCUCCCUGUUUGGGCUCACAGUGCGGUGCAAGGAUGGGUUCUUGGCUCAUUCAUGUGUCACAUCAUAACCGCUCUCUUCAUGAUGGGUCUGUACAGCAGCGUCUUCUUCAUGGUCCUCAUGACACUGGAUCGCUACGUCAUCAUCGUCUACAAACACAGCAUCUGUUCCAGAAAAUGGCCUGCAAAAAUGGCUCUGAGCUUAUUUGUAUGGAUGCUCAGCCUGUUUGCGUCCCUCCCUGAUAUUGUUUUUGCCAAAGUGAACGUGGACACGAGCACCAAAGAAUCCUGCGGAUCUGAAUUUCCUGAAGGUGCAGCCUGGAUGUCGUUUACGUACCUGAACAUCCUGAGCUUGAUUCUGCCUCUGAUCAUCAUGAGCUUCUGCUUUUGCCGGAUCCUCAGCAGUAAAUCAGAAGAAAAGCACGGGAUCAUCCGACUCCUCCUGACUGUGCUGGCCGUUUAUUUCCUCUUCUGGACUCCAUACAACAUCGUCACGUUCCUCAUGUUCCUGCAGAGGAAGGGCUUCAUGCUUUCUCGUGAGUGGUCUAAUGAUCCGAGUCUUGCCAAGCAGUGGGUGGAAGCGAUCGCAUUAAGCCACUGCUGUCUCAAUCCCAUCAUCUACACCUGUGUGGGACAGAAGUUCAGAAGAGCAGUGCUCACGGUCCUGAAGAACCCUCCACAGUCACCUGAGAGCGCAUCUUCGGAGUAUUCCUCCACACUGAUCACAUAGAGACCCUGUCCUCCAGAGAGAGACGCAUACUCUUUCAGAAGCAGAAGUUCAGUCUCUUAUAUAUUGCAUGCCCAUCGCUCGUAUUUUAGAUUUGCAAAUGAUACACAUAAUAGUUCUGAAGGGAAUGGUUUCAUCAGCAUUUUUAAAUAAACUCAAAGUGUUUGAAAAUGUUGA